UUUGAGAAUACAUGAAUAAAUGACUAUCCAAUCAACACAGAAGAACAUAAGCGUAUCAAUCCAUCCAGGAGUAUAGUUCGAUGUACUUCGUACUCAGUACCGGCGCCAAGUCGUCACUGAACGGGUACCUGAGGCACUCCAGUCAUGACGCAAGUUUCCCUUUUUCCCGCCCAAACUUCAAGCCUCAAGCCCUCCAAGUCUGCUCCUCCGCAUGUAACAUUCACUUUCUCACUUGCCUUUCUCCCCCUUGGCCUUUCAAUCUCUAGUCUUGGGCGCAAAAUCAGUCCUCCCUUAUCCCUUUCACCCGCCAUCCCGUCCUGGCUUCCUCUCGCUCCUUGACCCCGUUCGUUCCGACCGCCUGCGCCCUGCUCGGCCCUUUUUCUCUCGUACUCCCGCUGGAUCCUACCUUUCGUUGCUUCGCGUCAUCAUCUAGGAGCUUUCUAUCGUCAAUUCGCUGUACCUGCUACCUCGAAUCUCAUUCCAUACACUCGAACUCCGGCGCUGCUCGGCGCAGCUCGGCGCAGUGUCCGGUCCGGUCAGCUAUCCGACCUUCGCUCAUAUCCCGGAAAGUCGGCAGCUUGAGCAAUCAUGUUCAGCCGUCGCAAAAGAAGUAGAAGCACUUCCCAUCGCCAGCCACUAUCCGGACCUGCAUCGCAAUCCGCACAGUCCGCCGCCAGCCAUGCAUUCUUAAAAUCACAACCCUCCUCCAACAGUCUCUCAUCCGCCGCUGCCGCCGCUGCCCUGCGCAAUCUCACACCAACCCCAACGCCAGUGGAAAAUGUCCAGACGAAACGGAUGGUCCAGCGACGGGCCUCGACCCAGUCGCCAACCCACCUCCAGACGGGCCGUCGCUCUGCGAGUGUCAACGGUCCGCUGCGCCGAUCAAAUAGCUCAAGUUCUAUGACGGCAAGGACCUUUCGUGAGCCAUCCCCCCAUCGCCCCUCCACCAGCUCCGGUCCUGGCGAUCGACGGCAUGUACCCGUCGAUGUGCCCCCGCUACCGUCUCUACCGUCGAAAUUUACACCACAGAAUGGCCCGGGUCGUCGUGCUGUCAGCAUGGAGCCGUCAAUGAGAUCCCCUCCGGCAUCUCCGCGACGGUCCGGUCUGCAUACGGGCGUAGACCAAGGGCAGGCUGGUAGCCCGGGCGGCAAGCGGAUCGCCAGUUUGGGCACGGUAACAGAGACAGACCGACCGUGUAGCCGAAACUCGGUCAAUUUCUCCUAUCCGAUGGGCUCACGGCCCAUCUCGCCGACGUCGCCCGUAGAGAAUCGUCCAGUGAGUCUAGAUGUGGCUUCGGUUCGCGAGUCGCCCGACGAGGGUUCUGCUAUGCAACAAUCUGUCUCCGAGAGGUCUGGCAAUUUGAAGACUAGGACUCCUGCGGCCGGGAACACGGAAGAGAACCCUACAGCCAAAGCCGCAGGUACUGCAGCUGGUAUCGCUUUCGCUGCUGCUGCAUUAAGCCAGCAGAAAAAUAGCCCUCGCACAGAUGCCAGCCAUGCAAAGGCGGAGCUAGCAGAGCAGGGGGCACCGACGCCUAGCUCGCAAGAACAGCGGAUUGAUCGCUCAGCUCCACUUGUAGAUAGUGGUUCGAGUAGCGAACAACCGUCUGGCCGACCCGGGCUUGACCGAUGGCCCUCCACGGUGCUCGAAGAAAAUGAGCCGAAGGAGGAGGGAGACACCAGUGUUUCUACCAUUCAAUCCACCGGAAAACGAUUACCAAGCGCAUCCCCAGCAGUCGAUCACAGGGAGGCAGUGACUACACCUCAACCGUCUCCUCAGCCAUCCCCGAAAGCCUCAAGAGACACCACACCACAGCAAGACGCGCAACUUCGUCAGUCCAGCAGUCCCGGCCGGUCAGCCCGCUUCGCCAAAUGGCUUUCUGUGACUGCCGCUGGCGAUCAAGUUCACGAGCCCCCACCACGAUCUGUAUCACCGGUCAAGUCGGCGUUGAAACACCCUCGAGGGAAUUCACUGUCUCCAGAUCGAAAGGUUAGCAUCGGUGGUCGCGUUGUUCAACCACCCAGCGAAAUCUCCGAUGGGACGUCGGUCGCUUCGGACGAAGGCUCUCGUAUUGGUAUGAAGAAACGGCCGGUCAAAGUGAGCUUUGAUGACGAGGCUGAAGUUGUUGGCGUCGCGGCCAGUCCGCCCACCUCUCCCGAAGAAUACGUGCCAGAAUCACCGCCGAGUAAAGGCAAGUCUCGUAUGAGCUGGUUGGGUGUCGGCAAGAAGCGAGGGUCACCACUGGACUUCAUGACUGGGGACGACGACUUUGAUGAGGUCAUGAGGCCUCGACCGGCUCUCCCGUCAUUUGGCAGUGUCCGAGGCCACCGAGACGGUGGGCAUCCAGCUCCAGCAAUUCCGGAGUUUAGUGACAAUGAGUCGACGAGCUCAUCAGACAACGACAUUGUGGCUCCCGGGUCGUCGUUCUCCAACGAUCACGUCCUCGGAGGGAUGCUCCCUAACAUUUCACAGAAGGGACCUGCACACCCUCAUGGUGUCACCACUUUGGAGCAGCUUUCUGUCACUGGGGACACUUCACUUCAUCAGCAGAAGCCUGCACGGGAGGCCAAAGAUGGAGUCGCUCUUGAUAGCACCACUGAUAAGUCUGCCUUCUCCAGUGCAGAUGUCAAUGUCAAUCUACCUGUACCUGCUAUUGCUGUUGAGCCGGCUACACCUCCCGUAGACAGUGACCGACCAACCUUCGAGCAGCGGUCCAGCUUGGAGUGUUAUAUUCCUGGUGGAUUUCCUGCAUCACUCUCUGACCGCAAUCUUAAGGGCACUGCCUCUGCGCCUACCCUUGAUCAAUCAACAGUGCAACCAAUCGCAAGCGCUGUCCCGCACGUAGACGAUGUGGAUACCGAAGGCGAAUCGGGUGAUAGUGUCUACAGUGAUGCUGCCGAGGACAUGGACGGCGAUGGUUUCGGUUCGAUAAAUGCCAUUGUUGAUAGUGGACCAAUCCCGCGUUCACCUGAGCCUACGAGUCACAGUCGUGAUGCCACUCCAAAGGCAGUCGAUCGAGUUUCAGCUGUUGACAGUCAUUCGCAAGGUGUCACGUAUCAAGCAACGGAAGACCCUCGCUCUAUUACUCCUACUCAAGACUCUAUCAAUCGCGAGAUCAGCGAGUCUCCUAUCACCCCUUCGGCUAAUCGAGGAUUCGAGUCGGCAUAUCCUCCACUACCACUCAAGUCGAAACCUCAAGCGUCAUCUCACAACGGAACCAUUCGAUCGACUGUCAACAAGCAAGAUCGGCCUACCUCUUUCGCACCUCGUGCAGACUCUGAUCCGCGUGGUUUCAAUGCUGUUUCCACUAAUACUGGCAACGGCAAGCCUCGACCAGUUUCCCUUGGAGCAGGAUUCCAAAUGAAGAAAUCCCAUGGCGCCGGAUUACCGGAUUCCCUCCGCCGCACCACGUCGAAUGGUAGUGAUUCUUCAAGCAGCUUCAAGCGCGCCAGCUCUUCUACACGCAGUGAUGGUCCAAUUUCCAUGCGUCGUACCAUGAGAGGCAGUUCCCCACAGCCUCAGCUCUCUUCUUUCCCCGGCCGUGCAGACUCUUCUGAUGACCGUCGGCCGCUCUCCUCUGGCUCAGGGGCCGGGAGUAUGCGAAAGACAUUACGAAGCCCCGCCGGAGGCAACGAGCGAUAUUCGUUCUUCUCCACCAACAACAAGGCGUCUCGGGCAAAGUUCACCAAAGCACCCCCAAAAUCCAUGCGAAGCUCGCGCUUUGUGGAUUCGGAUGGAGAGGAUGAUGAGGUAGCGGCUCAGGGCUUCCGCAGCCGGUUCGCCGACUCGAGCGAUGAAGAUGAGCCCGGCAGCAACGCCAUGCGACCUGUUCGCGGUAUCCCUCGCCGGCAAGGUAUCCAUGACGGCGACUCAACAGACCUGGACGAUAGCUCUGAAGGGGAACGUCAGGUGCAAGCUGCAGCCGUGGCUGCGCGUCGACCGAAUCCCGCGCCACCCGGUUCUCGAGACAAGACCAACCCCAACAUGUCUGGCUUUGCGGCAGUGGCAAAACAACGGGGGAUGACCCAAAGAGAGCUGGAGGAGUUCAUCAUGCAGCCUCCUCGGGGUCGGAAACCCGGUCUUCUAACUCGCCUUGGACUGAAGAAGUCCAAAAACUCCGAUCAUCGCAUUCGCAAAGCCGACGUCGAAAGUCCGUCUCGAAGAGACACUCCGUUGGAACGAUCGCGGCUGGAACGCGAUCAGUUGCGCGGAGAGCCUUUUAUGAACGGUGCGAAUGGGGAUGGUGGCGUGGUGACUACAGUGACUGCAGAUCCGCCCGAAUCAACUUCACCUCGCAAGCUGGGCCGUCGGUUAUCAAAGCGGCACACCACCGGUGGUGAACACUGGCCCCUCCGGACAGAGCCAAGAACCGAGACGCCCGAGCCAAUCCCCGAGCAGAGUCAGAGCCUCCCAGCGUCACCCCUGCAGACAAAUAAGGUUGGACCGCCGGUGACUAAUGCUGAGCGCAACGGCAGCGUCUCGGUUAACGGCGAAGCUGCCGGGCCCAUCCCGACUAUACAAGAGGAGCCCGAAUCGCCUCAAGCUGGGCAGGCUGGAGCAGAGAUCAAUGAUGCUCGCUCGGAUAUCACCAGUACGACAGCUGAGCAGCCGGGUCCCUCAGCACGCGAUGUAGUGAUUGCCGGUUCUGGACGCAAGAAACGAUUCCCAUUAUUGCGAAAGGCCUUUGGUCUACGAAAAUAAUCAAACGAACACCUCUUGAGGCCAAGGUCUUCUCUUUCUCUUUUUUUCCCCUCUCUUCUUCUUCUUUUUCACUCCUUUGUCUUGGGAAGCAUUAUGGUGGAUUCCCACCGUACACGUUUAAUGCCUCACUUUUUUUCAUUUCUUGAUAUGAUAUUCUUCUUCCUUUCCAAGCUGAAUUCCUUGUCAGGCUUGGUUCUAUCUCCCUGAAGAAGGGCUUCCAUCUUCCGAGUGGAUCUAAUCGUAAUGAUUGAUAUAUGCUUGUCACCCGUGUCCGUGUCAUGCGUGUAUUUGUGUCUUGCCUUGUUCUGUCUUUUCCACGGCCAACCACUCUUUUUUCUCUUGUGACACUCUUUCUUUUCCUUUUCAUCGGCGCAUGGAUCUGAACAGCUAGUGGAUGUCAGGGACGUCGUGUCCAUACACCAUCCCGUUCUCGAGUCAGAUCCCCGUCCCGGCUGGCGUUGCACUGGAUCUUUGGUUUCUCGUGCUGAGCGGUUUCCGUACUAUAUACAUUUGAUACCCUCGUUUCUGUUCGGUUCUUGAACCUGGACUCUUCCUUGUUCUGGUUCUCUUUACUCUUACCAUGUACGAUCUGUCCCUCGUUGGACUCUGGUGGUCGGGCGGACCCCCCAUAUUGUCGCAGUGUACUACCCAUUGGUCAAUUCCUCGUUUUAGACAUUGUUCCAUCAAUAUAUUUGGAUAUGGAGCAGUCAAUUCAAUCAAUUUUUCGCGCUGCGAUUCGACCUCCAUUCUUCCUCCAGCAUGAGAAUUGGAAUUGAUCUCCACAGUACUCCGUAGCUGGAUUUGCAUAGAUUAGGCGCCCAUUGCAUUGCGUCAAAAAUGGGUACCGCGAAUGACCUCAAGAUCGACUCGUCACCAAUGUGUUCCUCUGGAAAAAGCGCCGUCACUAGCACAAUCCUCCUCUUCGGCUACUCUAGCUUCAAUCCAGCACCACGCCCCAACCACGGCCCGUGCUUCUCACGGCACGCGCACGCGCACAGCUCCAGCAGUAACAGCAGUAACAGUAGUAACACUGCGAGUCCGCGCCGAGGAUGAUCCACCCACGCUGAUGAGACAGUGGAGUCGGUGGAGCUCCCCAGCAACACCUCCGGCAACCAACCACCACCCAGCCACCAACCACGGACCAGGAAACCCUGAAAAUCCCAGCCACUCUGCUCCCUCUCGUUCAGCUCGCCUGGCAGAGUGCUGACUGACCUGUGAUGCGACGAGGCGAUGCGCCGAGACUUUGGUGUUUUUUUGUUUUCCUCCGAGCCUCGGUAAUUAAUUACGGGCUACAGUUUGAGUCUCUGAUACAUACUGUACGGAAGUCCUCGUGUAUUGCGCGUGUAAUGUGUAUGUGAUACCGGUGGCGCUUCUGCAUCGAGCAGUCUAGACGUCUGCAGGAUGGCCCGAUGCCUGGGUUUUGGUUCUGGAGUUCUGAACGGGGAGGUGUGUUUUUGGGUGUACCUCGGGGUUUGAUUAAGAUCGUUGGGCCGUCGAGUGUUUUAUUGGUGGCUAUUGGGUGCGAUCGAAUGCAAUUGGAUGCAAUUGGAUGCAAUUGGGUUGGGGGGUGAAGGGGAGAGAGGCUGGUUGGGCUAGGCAGAAGUCGAUGGAUCUCUGGAGGUGUCGUUUGGAGUAUCAAGUGCAGAGCAGAGUGGACUUAUGAGGCACGGCUGUCUCCGGAGCGGGGGCUCCAUUGGAUUAACAGAAAGUACGGAGUGCAAUGAGUUUU